AUGCCGCUCUUCUUUCGGAAAAGGAAGGCGAGCAACGAAGCCCGGAAACGCCUAGAAUAUCAAAUGUGUCUCGCAAAGGAAGCGGGAGCAGAUGAUAUUCUUGACAUCUCCAGGUGUGAACUUUCUGAGCUUCCCUACGGUGCCUUUUCGACCUGCAAAGUAUUGCAGAAGAAGGUGCUGAUCGCUCACACCAAUUUUUUGAUGUCCCUCGUCCCCAAAUCCUGCAGCCUCUCUAACCUUGUAACAAUAAAGGUUUUAGAUCUCCAUGAUAACCAGCUGACCUCCCUUCCUGCCGAUAUCGGCCAGUUGAUUUCUCUCCAGGUUUUGAAUGUAGAAAAGAACGUUUUAAAAGCUCUUCCGGACUCGAUUGGGGACCUUGUUCAGCUUCAGACGCUGAAUUUGAAAGGCAACAAGCUCAAGCAACUGCCCUCCACCCUGGAGGGCCUGCGGAGUCUGCGAACAUUGGACAUCAGUGAAAAUUCGGUCCAGGAGUUGCCGCAGACACUGGCUCACAUCCGAACCUUGGAGACGCUGUCCCUGGAUGCUUCAGGAAUGGUUUACCCACCGGGUGAGGUCUGCAGCAUUGGCACCGAGGCCAUCCAGCAGUUCCUCUGUGACCAACUGGGCACAAAAUACAACCCUCCCUCUCAGUAUUUACUCCCUGUGUUGGAAAGCGAAGGCGAGGAGACAUCAGUGGAUGGCGUCCGGAGAACAGCUGACAAAUACAUGGAAGAUGAAGCCGAGUGGCAAAACAAGUUUCUAGACUAUGAGAAGCGAAAGGAGCAGAAGAUGCAGGAGAAGCUGGAAUUUGAGCGUUGGCUGGAUCUGGAGCAGAGAGAACAAGUCCACUUGAUGCAUCAAAGUCACGUCCAGAAAGGAGAAUUUCUCCAAAGCAUGAAAGAGGAGCAGAUGAAACUGGAGGAAGGCCUGACCCGCCAUCAGCAGCGCCUGGGGACCGAGCGCUUGAAGCUGCUGGAUCAGCUGAAGCAGAUGGAGCAAGGGGUGGCCAGCAGGAUCCAGAAACUGCUGGAAGAUAACCAAAGGCAGAAACAAAGUUCUGAGAUCUUGAAAUCCCUCGAGAACGACCGGAUCCGGAUGGAGCAGCUGAUGGCCAUCACUCAGGAAGAAACGGAACAGCUGAGGAGGAAAGAAGUAGCCGCGGCCAUGAAGCAGAUGUUGUCUGAGACCUACAAGAACAGACUUCUUCAGGGGGCCUAUGAGUCUCGCCGGCAGGACCUGGUCAACCAGACGUGUUCCAGCCUUGCCAAGAUGGAUGAGAAGUUCCAGCAGAUCCUGGCUUGGCAGCAGCUGGAUCAGAACAAAGCCAUCAGCCAGAUCCUGCAGGAGAGCGAGAUGCAGAAGGCAGCCUUCGAAGCCCUCCAGGUGAAGCGAGACGUCAUGCACUGCCAGAUCAGAAACCAGAUUAAGUUAAUAGAGAGAGAGUUACUCGAAGGAAGGUUCAGUCUCCUUCUAAAACACACCCACAACCAUGUUGUGUUGCAGGAAGCAAUUGGAGAGCAACGGCGCACUUUGAGUUAUCUGCUGCAGCAGCUGCUGAAGGAGAAAAAAGAGCGAGAAGAGGAACUGCAAGCCAUUCUGAAAGAAUUGGAGGCCAAGAGUGAGACGAAGCAGGAGAACUACUGGCUGAUCCAGUACCAACGACUCUUAAAUCAGAAGCCCCUCUCUCUCCGGUUGCAGGAAGAAGGUCUGGAGAGGCAGCUGGUGAAGCUGUUGACGGGCCUCUCGGCCGAACAGUACCUACCCAUUUUUGCCCACCAUCGGAUCUCUCUCGAAAUGCUCAGCCACAUGGUCCCUGGGGACCUAGCCAAGAUCGGAAUAACUGAAUCUGGCUUGCAACGCGCCAUCGUCCAGAAAGCUCGGGAGAUACAAGCUGUUGCAGAAACCAUACCAGAACUGUUGAAGCCAGCAGAAGAAGUAGGGCCUUCUGCUCCCGUGUUUGGAGAAGAGCCUGCCCAGCCUGAAGUCCCAUCAGCUCCACCGCCAGAAGAACACCACUGCGAGUGUGUAGUCUGUAUGGAGUUAGAGGCACAAGUGGUGUUCUUGUACUGCGGUCACGUCUGCUGCUGCCAAAACUGCUCCGAAGCCUUGCACACCUGCCCGCUCUGCAGACAAGCGAUUGUGCAACGGAUCCGGCUUUUCCACAGCGGCUAUAGCCCCCUGGAGGAUGCCAAAGGGGCAGGUUUUUCUCCCGGAGGAGAAAUGUAGGAAAAAACCUGGAAUGUCAGC